GGUCAUCGUGAAUGACGAUUGACGGAUUGAGGCGGUGAAGAGAUAUCAUCAGCUGCGUCAUCUUUACCGGCCACACCCCGUUACCGGAACAAAAAGACCGGUACGGCCGGUCACAUCAUCUCUCACCCACCGAGAAUCUUUGCUUUGAUAAACAAAAGCCUUAUUUUUCUCUGCGUUUUCCGAGGUUUUACCACAACCUCCAUCGGAAUACUCUUCGCCCUUCCGUUUCCGAUCGAUUCUCUGGCUGCAGAUCUCGUCUGGUUACUCCUCUGGUGUUGUUAAUAACGACUAAGGAUGUCAGAUAACAAGGAGGGAGAGGAAAAUUCCUCCCGGGGAAAUGAAUUACAUGAGGAAAAUACCUCUCGUGGGAAUGAAUGGGAAGUGGUUUCACUCACUGCAUCAACAUAUGCUGCUGCUCCUGGUCCAAGAGAAGUUGAAUCAAAAGAUGAUAAAGAACGAGAUACGCAUGGUGAGGAUGAAAUUUCUCGUGCUUUGUUCAUGUCUGGCCAUUUUGUCUUCCCUCCUAGUGAGCAUGAGAAUCUGCCUUUGGAGCCUCUGGAGUCUUUCAAACCUGAUAAAAGUGUGAUUCAUGAUGAAAAUGUGGGGAAGGAUGCAGCAACAGAGUUCAGUGUGCAAGAAGGGAGCAGGUCGAGUGGAAAGGAUGUAGAAGAUUGGGAUUUGAAAGGGUUGAAUGUACCUGAUGAGUAUACAGGGAUGCAAUUGUAUGAUGAGAAGGGUAACAGACUUCCUAUUAAUGCCACUGAAUUUGAAGAAGGUACAACCCUGCAAGGGUUAAAUUUGACUGGUAAGGAACAGAGUUUAUAUAGUGCAUAUGACAGUGAGGCUGAACUUGGUAAAUCAACCACAUACAUUGAGAAUACAGCUGCUGCUGAAAUAACUGAAACUUUUGAGCAAGGCGUAGGUUUCCCUGCAGAUAUAUCUGGUGCACCACUGACUGGACAGGAUGAUAAACAUUCUGAUCCUAACCUCCCCUGUGAAGCCUGGUGGAAGCGAAGGGUGGUAUCAUUAUAUGCCCAUGCAAAAGAGGCAAACACUUUUUGGUCCAUUUUUAUCGCAGCAGCAGUAAUGGGCCUUGUAAUUCUUGGGCAGCGAUUGCAUCAAGAGAGGUGGCAAGCAUUGCAACUUAAGUGGCGGCAGAGCAUACAAAAAUGAGAACAGUCGUAUGCUGGGUCUCAUAUCCUGAAUUAAAAAUGUUACUGUGGGUGGCCACCGCCGUGGUUCUUCUGUGAAAGGCAGAGCCUCUAAUGAUUGUUAAGAUGAUGAUGAAAAAGUAGAGAGAUUGAUUUUGGGUUGUUAAUAUGACGUUGUGUGGUUUACUUAUAUUUAUCUAGUGAUUAGGUUACAUUUUGUGAGUUUUAUGUGAUUUUGCGUUUCUAUCAUCUCUCCUGCGAUGGAUGCAACUUUUCUGUGUCAACCUCAUUGUCUUGGCACACCUAUCCCUCUAAUUAUGUGGCCGAAGCAUGAUGUUUAUCUUAUUCAAUUUGGAUAUUUAAAUUCCUAUAUAUGCCUUUUCUUU